AUGGCCAGAGGAACUACCAAGCCAUUAUUGCGCCGGCACAAACGCAAAACCGCCGUGAGAAACUGGCUGGAUCUUCCGAACGACCUAACUUUGAUGAUCUUUUCGAGGCUCACCACAUUUGACAUCUUGACCAGCGUCCAGCAGAUGUGCCACCAUGCAAUUAAUCGAAGUUGUGGUCAAUUGGUAGACAUAAGUAUUGAGUAUUUUGGAACUGAUAAUCUCCUCAAAUAUAUAAUUGACUCGCAGUGUAAGUUGCGAAGAUUAUUACUUGUUCAAUGUUUCUAUAUCAUUUUCGACGAAGGAUUAUGUGAGAUCGCUCAAAAGCUUCCGUUGUUAGAGGAACUAGAAAUUACUGAUUGUAAACAUGUAACUAGUAUUGUCUUAGAAGCUAUUGAAAGAGGUUGUCCUCUUCUGAAAUCAUUAAAGUUUAACCACAAUGAUUGCAGUAGGGGUAACGAAGCUGCAUUUGCGAUUGCACAAAAUAUGCCUAACUUGCGCCAUCUCCAACUUGUUAACAGUUGUUUGGAUAACGAUGGUGUAAGCGCCAUUCUUGCCGGCUGUCGUUUUCUUGAAUCUCUGGACUUACGUUGGUGUGACAAUGUUAAUUUGGAGGGGAGAUUAAGGAAAAUGUGUGAUGAGCAGUUAAAAUAUUUUAUAGAACCAAAUACACCUGAGGGUUUUUUUGGCUACAAAUUUGGUAAACUAUGUAAUAAUGCAGAUUGGUACGAUGACUUAGAAUAUUCCUAUAGACCUCGCGAGGAAAUGUUCGGUCAUCAUAUUGCUGAAAAUGAAUCACAAGAUAACGAUGAGUCUUCAGAAGAAGAAGAAGAAAAAGUGGCAACAGAUUGA